GCUUCUUACUCUCUAAGCAGCACCCUUCCCUUCUCCUCCAAUUACUUCCCUAUAAAGCAAUCACAAACCUAUUCAUUUGCUGCGCUCUUUUCACUUGCACGAGCAAGAAAGCUAGCGUUGCCACCAAAGGAAGCUGAGAUAAAAUUACUCACUCUCUCUCUCUCUCUCUCUCAAACCAAAUUAGCAGAAUUGCCCUUUGCUUUAUCAAGGAUUAGAAGUAUCUUGUUAAGUGGAAGCCUAACUAAUCUUGGUUGAGGCACACAAAGUAGCAUAUUCGAUUUGAAGAAGCUAGUCCAGCAGCAGCACUGUCUUUUUUUAUUGUUGACAAAUGUACCUGAAAACCAAUCAACAUUAGUCAAGUUCAGUUUGUAAUUGGACAAUGACAGAUAAAGAUCAAAUGCUCUAGACCAAUUAAUUUUGUUGCCGUGGAAGGACAUGGUGACCUGGUUUAUAUUUAUCACUUCAUAGUUGUGGAUAACCUGGGAAUGGUUAUUGUAUCUUUUCCUUUUCACUUUUGGAUCUAGUUACUUGGCUUGGUUUCGCUGCAUAUUAACUACUAUGGAGAAGAUUUCCAUUGGUACUGGUUUAGAUAGAAUCAGUGAUCUUCCGAGCAAUGUGAUUGAUCACAUCUUAGCAUGUUUACCACUUAAAGAUGCUGUAAGGACCUGUACAUUGUCAAAGAAGUGGAAGGAAAAAUGGCACACAGUGCCACAUGUUAUAGUUAAUGAGAACCUUUUUCAUGAAAGGUCACAACGGAAACUUGAGGGCAUAAUAAAUUAUGUUCUCACUCGACAUGAAGGAAAAAUUGAGAAAUUUUCUGUGCAUGUUGAAAAAGUGAAAGACUGUUACAAUAUGAAGUUGUGGAUUUGGAGACUAUCGCAGAAGUCUAUUCAGGAGUUGUCCCUCAUGAUCCGGAGAGGUCGGCGCCAUGAAGUGCCAUCUGAUUUGUUCUCUUGUCAGCAUUUGAGAAAGUUGAGCCUCCGUCAUUUUGAGGUUAAAUCAGGACAUUCAUUCAAAGGAUUUCACAGUCUUAGCAGCCUUCAGUUGAACAAAGUUAACAUAUCAACUGCUGCAUUUGAGAGGCUUAUUGCUAGCUGCCCAUUGCUUGAACAAUUGACAGUAAGAAAUUUGAGUUGUAUUGAUCAUCUUCAUAUUAAUGUCCCCAAUCUCAAGUACUUUUGCUUUGAUGGAGAAUUUAAAUCUAUUUGUUUCAACACACCACUUCUUGAGACAUUGUCUAUCAAUUUAUAUCGACUUGGGUCUGAGAAUAAUCAGUUUGAUCUAAGAUUCAAAUUCCGUGGCCUGCCACCUGCAAUUGAGCAGCUAUACGUGCGUUGUCAAUUUCAGAAGUUCCUGGCUGCAGGUGAUACAUUCACUGAAGUUUCAACUUCUUAUAGCCAUCUAAGGACUCUUAAACUUGAUGCAUUUUGUUUUGAAAAGUUGGAGGAAGUCUCGUCUCUGCUCGCCAUAAUUGAAAGUGCCAUCAACUUGAAAAUACUCGAUAUAACAGCAUGCAGCUGCAAAGAUGAAUAUGUCUCUGAACCUGUUUUAAAAUUUUGGGAAGAACAAAACCAAUCUCCUUUUUUCUUGAACCAAUUACAGAAAGUGACAGUGCGAUCAUUUCAUGGUAAAGAUCCUGAGACGAGGUUUAUCCAAUUUGUGCUAGGCAAUUCACCUUUGCUCAAGGAGAUAACUGUUGAAUGCAUGAAGCAUCCUGACCUCAACGAGGAUGAAAUGAAGGCCACACUGAUGGCUUUUUGUCCAGCUUCUGCAGAAUUCAAGUUUAAUGCAGCAAACUAUGAUUCCAGCGGUGAUGAUUCCUCAGAUUCUGAUGACAACUCAAACAGUUCAUACUCAUCCGAUAGCGAUUAGAUUACUGGCAGUCUUCAUCUGUACAAAGCUGUUCUGAUUUUGCAAGGGAAGUGGCAACAAUGAAAAAGAGUAGUGAAGGUUUUUAAUCUCAAAUUUUAUAGCUCUUGACCUUGAGACAGAUCAACUUUUACUCUGGGCUGAGAAUUGCAUCAUAGAGAGAGAGUUGCAUGACUCGUUGUUUGAAGUUCAUAUGAAUAAUAAAUUGAUGCAUCUUGUAUUCACAAUGCCACCUUGCACAAUUUGGCUGUAGAGUUCACCAAAUAAGCCUGUUUUCUUUUAUUCGUGAACUUGGCUUUUUCUCAAA